AUAUUUGCAGCCUGCACCGUUCUAUAAAAGGAGGGAAAAAUCACGCAGCUUGCCUCAUGGUUUUGUUGACUCUGUGCCAGGAAAUAUGGAACAGUCCCUAUUCAAAUGAUAGCUUCCCUGUUUAUGCUGAGGACAUUGAUGGAGGUUCAUCUCCUUCAACUGCUAUGUUAUCUGAAGCUGCUAAGGCCUUGAAGGUUACCAUAGUGGGCAGUUCAAUCCCAGAAAGAUGUGGUGAUCGAUUGUACAACGCUUGCUGUGUUUUUGGUUCCAUUGGAGUUCUGAAAGCCAAGCACCGCAAGACGUUGGACGUAUUGGUAUAGGCAUCUGUUAUGAUAUUCGGUUUCAGGAAUUGGCAAUGAUUUAUGCUGCAAGAGGUAGGUUUCGUUUCCUCUUCGUCUAUUUUGCAUUUCCUACAAUGUUGAUUGCAUA